AUGCUCGAAUCCUCCGACGUCGCCCCGUCAAGUCUAGCGGAACUGGGCGAGAGCUCGCUACUGGACCAGCUCCAUGACCUGCACCAGCGACUCGCGGCCGUGCGCCAGAACUCGCAGCGGUACAACUCGCUGGCGCGCAACUUGGGGCCCAUCCCCAUGGCCAACGACAGCAACAAGAUCAUCGUGUGCUCGCUGCGGCGUUGCGUGCGCAUGCACAAGACGGACCAAGGGGACGGGUGGCACUACGAGGAUUCGGCCACGGGCCUCAAGAGCGCCAUUGACUACUUGGGACAAGGCAACGCCGUGCACUGGGUCUCGUGGCCAGGCGUGGCCGUGGACGAGUCAAGCCAGGACGGCGUGCGGCGGCGGCUGGCGGACUCGCAGUGCCACCCCGUCUUCCUGAGCCACGAGACCAUUGACCUGUACUACAACCAGUUUUGUAACGUGGUGCUCUGGCCGCUCUUCCACUCGCUGCCGCAGCGGUCGGACAGCCGGUUGCUCGAGAACUUUGGGGACAAGUACGACGCUUACUGCUCGGCCAAUCAAAAGUUCCUCGAGGUCGUGUCGGAGAUCUACAAGGACGGAGACAUGGUGCUCGUGUGUGACUACCAGCUCAUGGCGCUGCCUGGCCUACUGCGUCGGCGCUUCCCCGAGGUCACGUGUGGCUUUUACUUUCAUUGCCCCUUUCCAUCGUCGGAGUUUUUCCAGAUGCUGCCUGUACGGAAGGUGUUGCUAAACGGCGUCCUCGGUGCUGACCUCGUGGUUUUCAACCAUUUUGACUACGUCCGUCACUUUCGGAACGUCUGCACGCGCAUGCUCGGACUUGAGUCAUCGCCUAGUCGCGUGGAGUACAAUGGACGCCUCAUCUCGCUUGGCAUUUGUCCCAUGGGUAUUGACCCAACUAAGUACGCACUAACACCUCAGGUCGAAGCACAAGUGGAGAUGCUCAAGCAGCAGCAAGAUGGGCUGAAGAUUCUGGUGGGCGUGCAUAAACUCGACUUUUGCAAAGGCAUCCCAGAAAUGCUUGAGGCGAUGGAUUACUUGCUUCAGCAUUAUCCAGAGUACCGUGGAAAAGUAGUGCUCUACGCCGUUGUGCGCGAUGCCGGACGCACGGCAUCGCUACAGUACCGGAUGCUCAGUCGCCAAAUCAGCGAACUCGUUGGCCGUGUCAAUGGCCGAUUUGGCACAGCUGAGUAUUGCCCCGUGCGCUAUCUGAAGCAGUCGAUCGACCACGACCAGCUUGUGGCGUUGUACAACUGUGCGGAUGUAGCCAUCGUGAGUAGCAUCAAGGAAGGGAUCAAUUUGCAGGCGAUGGAAUUCAUUGCUGCCCAGAAGAAAAGCUGCCGUGGCGUUCUCGUCUACAGUGAAUUCGCAGGAUGUGCGUCGUCUUUCCAGGGUGCAUUGCUGGUAAAUCCAAUGCAUAUUGAGCAAGUUGCAGCAAGCGUGGAUACGGCGCUUCGCAUGAGUACGACCACGAAACGUAUCCGACACCACCAGUUGUCUCGCUAUGUAUUUACGUACACGUCGACACUGUGGGCUCAACGAAUUAUGUCAGCGCUGAACGAGGCUGCUGCAACCGCGCAAGAAUACAACCGACUCGACAAAUUGGACACGGCGCAACUGCUAGGGUACUACGAACGAGGCCAACGGCGUUUGUUUUUGCUGGAUUAUGAUGGCACGCUUGUGAAUUACCAGAGCAUGGAAGAACUGGCGGAGCCUUCCCCGGCGCUUCUUUCGUGUCUAGAAGAACUGACUGCUGAUCCACGCAAUACGGUCUACAUCAUAUGUGGAAGGAACAAGAACCGUCUGCAGGAAUGGUUCGGCCCUUUGCCGCGCGUGGGACUGGCGGCAGAGCAUGGUUACUGGUUCCGCCCGGCCGCCAAACACCCAUCUACGCUCGAUGUCGAUGGAAGCGGCGGUAUUUUGACCAGCAGUAGUACUGUCCUGGCGAGUACGGGUAGCGUGGAAUCGCCGCACGGAGCAGAAUCAGCGCCAGUUGUGCUUGCUGCGGAAGACGAAUUGCUGGUCAAGUCGUCAUCAUCCACCACGGGAGCGAACGGGAACGAAGGCGCUGUGUUUGAAAGUGCUCCGUGGCAGUGUAUGUUUAGUGACGUUGAGCUGGGGUGGCGCGACGAAGUGGAGAGCAUACUGGAACACUUCACGGAGCGGACCCCUGGCUCAUUGCUGGACGUGAAGGAUUGCUGCUAUACGUGGCACUUUCGAGACGCUGACCCAACUUUCGGCCUAAAGCAGGCAAAGGAUAUGCAGCUUCAUUUCGAUCAGAUGCUGCGUGAUUUGCCGGUUGGUGUGGUGAUGUGCCAAAUUAAGAAGUACGUGAUGAUUCGACCGUGGCGUGUGAAUAAGGGCCGAGCUGUGAGCCGCAUUUUGGAGUACGAGAGUGAGACGCCGUACUUUACGGCGCUGGACUUUGAUUUCAUUCUUGCGCUUGGCGACGAACGUACGGACGAAGACAUGUUCGACGUCGUCCAGGGCAGCAACUGCUACACGUGCACAGUGGGCAUGAAAGUCAGUCGCGCACAGUAUUAUCUGGAUGAUCCGGACGAAGUUCUGCGCGUGCUCACCGCCUGCACAAGCUUGGUGGUGGCUGACCGGCAGCCACUGUAG